GGUUGUCUGUCCGCGAGAGUGGGCGCGAGGAAGGAGCGAGGCUGGGCCUGAUGUUACUGAGAGGGAUGCAGCAGCUACGAAGAAGGCCUGCACGGUGUUAGCGCGCGAGGAGGUUAGAGGGGGAUAAACACAUCCGCGCGAGGAGGAGGGAUUAACAGCUGAAUCGAGCUCUCAGAGAUCUUCGUACCGAGAUGCAGGAGGAGGCGGCGGAGGCCCAGAGCUCCGCGAGCCGGCAGCAGGAUGAGGCCCUGCUGCGCGAGGAGGUGGACAAACUGCUGGAGGAGAAUGAAGAGCUCAAGGCGGAGAUCGAGGAGAUGCGCGCGGAGAUGGACGAGAUGCGCGACUCGUUUUUCGAGGAGGACACGUGCCAGCUGGAGGAGGUGCGGCGCGAGCUCGAGCGCGCAAACAAGAACUGCCGCAUCCUGCAGUACAGACUGCGCAAAGCCGAGCGCAGGCGCAUGCGCUAUGCGCAAACCGGAGAGGUGGACGAGGGCGUGCUCAGGAGCCUCGAGCAGGACCUGAAGGUUGCGAAGGACGUGUCUGUGAGACUCCACCAUGAACUGGAGAACGUGGAGGAGAAACGAAGGAAGACGGAGGAGGAGAACGAGAGACUGAGGCAGAACCUGAUCGAGGUGGAGGUCACAAAACAGGCCCUGCAGAACGAACUGGACAAAACCAAGGAGUCUCAGAAGAGAAGGGGCAGUAAGGACGCUCAGAAAAGUGAAAGAAAGCCCACCCAGACCCCCAGUGAGGAGGACAACGAUGAUCUGAAGUGCCAGUUAUCCUUCAUCAAAGAGGAGGCGACGCUCAUGAGGAAGAAGAUGGCGAAGAUCGACAAGGAGAAGGACCAUCUGGAGCAGGAGCUGCAGAAGUACCGCUCCUUUUAUGGCGACUUGGACAGCCCCCACCCUAAAGGUGAGGCCGGGGGUCCUCCGACCACGCGGGAAUCCGAGCUGAAGCUCCGCCUCCGCCUGGUGGAGGAGGAGGCCAACAUCCUGGGCCGAAAGAUCGUGGAGCUGGAGGUGGAGAACCGCGGCCUGAGGGCCGAGCUGGACAACCUGAGGGGGUCGGAGUCGUCACCCGAGGGCGCAGCCGGGGCAGAGAGGGGAGGGGCUAGAGAGCAGGGGGCGGAGCUUUCGGAACUCAGACAGCAGCUGCAGCUGGUGGAGGAUGAGGCGGAGCUUCUGCGGAGGAACCUGGCGGACGUGGAGGAGCAAAACAGGAGGGUGACGGGAGAGCUGAACAAACUCCGCUUCAAGGAGGGCUGGAGACACGGCAGCGGUAGCUCCGCCUCUGGGGGCGGGGCUUCAGCAGCAGAAGGCGUAGCGGAGGGUGGAAAGGCGGAGGCGCUGCAGGAGGAGCUGAAGGCGGCGCGUUUGCAGAUUAACGACCUCAGCGGGAAAGUAAUGCAGCUGCAGUACGAGAACCGUGUGCUGCUGUCCAACAUGCAGCGCUACGAACUGACCACAACUCACCUGGACAGCGACGCCGAAAGCGAAGGUGCAGGAGCAGCAGGAGGAGGAGGAGGAGAAAGAGCAGGACGUAGGGGGAGCGAUGACGACUCCUCCUCGCGCCUCCCUCCUCACCGUAAGCGCGAGGGCCCCGUAGGAGGCGAGAGCGAUUCAGAGGAGGUGCGGAGCCCUCGUGGUCCGCCGCUCUAUUCCUCUGACUCCAGCCGCUUCCUCCCUCGCUCCUUGCGUGAGCGGCAGCAGAUGAUGGACGUGCGAGUGGAGGCGGAGCGGCUGGGACGCACCAUCGACCGCCUCAUCACGGACACCAGCACCAUCAUGGCAGAGGCACGCACGUUCGUGGCUAACGGAGACCCGUUCGGGCGCAGGGACGAGGGCGACGAUGCCGGAAGGGUCCGGGAGCACGAGCUGCUCUUCCGCAUUAACGCUCAGAUGAAGGCCUUCAGGAAGGAGCUGCAGGGCUUCAUAGACCGGCUGGAGCUGCCCAGGCCGGAGGAGAGACGCUCCGAGGAGCCGCUGUCUAUGUUCCAGCCCAUCAUUUUACUCAUCCUCAUUUUAGUGCUCUUCUCCUCACUCUCUUACGCCACCAUGUUUAAACUCGUUUUCCUUUUCACCCUUUUUUUUGUCCUGUGAUCUCCGCCCAUCCUGUCGUUAGCAUAGCUCCCCGCCCCUUUGUUUUCGUUUCUUUGUUGAUGUCGUGUGCGUUGCCAUGGUCGCAGAAUUACAGGAGGCUCACAGCCUGCAGUGUCUCUCUCAAGCACACAGGACUACACUACCCAGAAUGCAUUCUUAACUCAUAAGAACUACAUUCCCCAGAGCACUGGCUCGUGGCUCCUGCUACCCAGACCCUGUGCUUUUUUUUGCCGUUGAGGACUACAGCUACUCAACGGGACGUCCACGAAGAACAUUUCAGAUGCCUGUGCAUGUCUACUGUACUUCUUAAAAAAAGAAAUAAAAAAGGAUUUUAAUACAUGGAUUUCACUACAUGCACUGUAGUGCUACUAGAGACUACAUUGCCCAGAAUGCAUGUCUGUCAUCGAGGACUCCAACUUCUACCAGGCUUUUACUUUAAAUCUGCCAUAAAGACGACAGUUAAUCAACGCAAACGCCAACACUGACUGCUCAGCACUACAUUUCCCAGAAUUCCUGCCCCUUUUCCCCACUGAAGACGGUGUUCACGCCACUGACAGGCCUUCAUUUCU